AUGGCCUCGGGCCAGCCUGCCUACGACUUCCAAGAUGCACAAUCCGGAGAUCUCGGCGCAUUGGCCGCAAUCGCCGAUGCCAUGAAGUCGGACAGCCUGACCGACCGCCUCGAGAGCCUCAAGCGCCUGAAUGUGCUGGCACUGGCUAUGGGCGAGGAGCGCACACGCGAGGAGCUUGUUCCAUUCCUGGACGAAUCAAUUGACGACGAAGAUGAGCUGCUGCUGUCGCUGGCCGAGGUUUUGGGCAAUUUCGUGCAGUACGUUGGUGGCCCCAAAUACGCCUAUGUCCUGCUGCGUCCGCUCGAGAAUCUAGCCGCUGCUGAGGAGACAGUGGUGCGGGAGAAGGCGGUUGAGUCCAUCAACAAGCUUAUCGAGGCAAUGGACCAGCCCCAGGUUGAGGAGUAUGUUAUUCCGUGCAUUGCACGCCUGUCGACUGGCGAAUGGUUUACAAGCCGCUCGUCAGCAGCCGGUCUGUACGCGGCUGCCUACGGCAAGGUCACCGACGCUAUCCAGGCGCAGCUUCGCGGCGGCUACGAGGCCCUAUGCAAGGACGAGACACCGAUGAUCAGGCGCGCAGCAGCCUCUAACCUUGUUGGGUUGGUGACCAGGGUUGAAAAGUCACAUGUAGUCAGCUUUGCCAUUCCAAACUUCCGCCGGCUGGCCGAGGACGACCAGGACUCGGUGCGCCUGCUGGCCGUCGAGCCCCUGGUGGCCAUUGGCGAGCGGCUGACAACCGAGGAGUGCCGGCAGAGCCUGACUGACAGCGUACAGAAGCUGUGCAGCGACAAGUCGUGGCGCGUGCGGUACAUGGUGGCAGACCACUUUGUGGCCAUUGCAAAGAGCAUCAAGGAUAAGGAAAUUCAGGAGGAGCUGGUCAACGUGGCUGUCAGCCUGAUGCAUGACAACGAAGCCGAGGUGCGCAGCGCCAUCUGCACCCAGCUCGAUGGCCUGGCUGACCUGGCCAACUCGGAGAAUGUCGCCGCCCGCUUCCUGCCCCCGCUGCAGGAGCUGGUCGAGGACCAGUCGCAGCACGUGCGUGCCACGCUGGCCAAGCAUAUCGGAACUCUGUGUCGCGUCUUUGGCAAGCAGGGGACCAUCGAGCACCUGCUGCCGCUGUUCCUGCGUCUGCUCAAGGACAGCUUCCCCGAUGUCCGCCUCAACGUGAUCUCGAAGCUGGAUGUAGUCGACAGUGUAGUCGGCAUCGACAGCCUGUCCCAGUCGCUGCUGCCCGCCAUUGUGGAGCUGGCCGAGGACAAGCAGUGGCGCGUGCGGCUGGCCAUUAUCGAGUAUGUUCCUCUGAUCUCGUCGCAGCUUGGUGUGCAGUUCUUUGACGAGCAGCUAUCGAACCUGUGCAUGUCGUGGCUUGGCGACCCGGUAUACUCGAUCCGCGAGGCGGCGACCGUGAACCUAAAGAAGCUGACCGAGGUCUUUGGUGUUGCGUGGGCGCGCACCACUAUCAUCCCCAAGAUCCUGGCCAUGGCGAGCCACCCGAACUACCUGUACCGCAUGACGACUAUCUUUGCCAUCACAGCGAUUGCGCCGUCGGUGACACCCGAGAUCGUGCGCGACCUGAUCCUGCCAGCCCUCGAGAGCCUAGUUACCGAUCCGAUCCCCAAUAUCCGCUUCAACGUUGCCAAGAGCAUGGAGCCUCUGGCCAGCGUUCUCAGGUCCAGCCCGGAGACCGCCCCGCUCGAGCAGACCACCAUCCGCACUGUGCUUGCCAAGCUCGAGGAGGACCCCGACCCCGAUGUCAGGUUCUACGCCCACAAGGCACUGGAGUCAAUCUCGAACAGUGCGUAA